AUGCUUGUGUCUGUGCAGGUUGAUGCUGCCCUUGUCGGUGAGGACUCCUGCCGUCGAAGGCAAGAGCCGGCAAAGAGCUUCUCCUUGACAAAGUCUUUCACUUCGCAGGACUGCGGCGUGGGAGCAGCAGCGGAGGAACUUAGCUCGCAAGACCGCCGGAGUUGCCGCGAGCAGUACAGCCACCAGUCGCAACGAGCAGGCUGGCUUGGCCUGCCGGUUUCCUUCCUUCAGCAGAUGGCUGUUUGCGGCCGCUGCGCAGUUUGCAACGUGUUCGCCAAGGUGCAGAACCUCUGGCGCAAGCUGAAGCGUGCCAUGAAGAAAGUGGCCAGCAAACUCAGCUCCAUCAAGCGACGACUCUUUGGGUACUCCUAUGCAUCUUCAUCUGUGCGACGACAGAUGAAAGAGCGCAUUGACAGUUACUUCCCAGAGAGUGGCGCCAGUAUGUUAGAGCUCUCUGAGGCUUCGAACAUGGAGCAGCUGGAAGUGGAGGAGGCGGAGCAGGAUGCGGAGGCAAUGCAGCACGAACGAAUGGUGGAGGAGCACCUCAUCGAACACCUGAGGAACAAGCCAGCCGCGGCUGUCGAUCAGCAUCUUGCCUUGCUGCAGAGCAGGCUGGACGAGAUGGAGAGAGGCGAAGAGGAACUUUUGCGCUCUACCCAGCGUGAGUUCACGGACAAGCUCGCUGCAAAUAGGCAGAAGCUGGAGGAGCAACUUCCCAUUGCUUUGAACAACAAAGACUGCCAGAAGGUCAUGCAAGCAUCCAUGGAAUCCAAAGUCCUUCAGCUGACGCUGUACAUCACUUUCCCAGACCUCGUGAGUGCCAUUCUGCAUGCAGUGGUUGGCAAUUUCGUUGGCGCCCUGCACGCCCUGGUGCCCGAGAUCUCCAUAUCAGCAAUACCCACAGGUGGCCACCCCGAAGACCUCGAUGUCGAGCGCUGCUUGGAUGCGGUGCGUGAUGCGCGACAGCCGUAUCUGGAUGCUUGCACUCACGAACAGCCACUUCUUGCCUGCACGGCGCGAACAUUCCAGCGAUUGAUGCAAGGAGCUUUGUCCCAGCAGUGGUGGCCGUUGAUGCACAACGAAGAGGGCACUCCGGGCUCCAUCGACUUGGGAUACAAGUAUGAUGAGCUCAUGAAUGCCUUGGCGUGUUCGUCGAAAGGAAGCUGUCUCGAGAAGGGUCUGACUGACUUGGAAUCGGAGGACUACUGUGCCUGGAUCGGUGCAUGGAGCUGUGUCUCAUCAAGAAAUGCAUUCUACGCCGCAAUUGCAUGUGUGCGCCGCUACUCUGCUCAGAUCUCAGCUUCGAACGUAGGGCUGCAGGCCGUUUAG